CUCACUCUCUCACUUUCUCUCUCUAAAUUCUCUCUCUAAAAGCUCUCUUAUUUAUUCCAGGCUUUUACUUUCUCUUAACGCUCCAUCAGUUUCAUUUUCCUCCGCCAUUAACAUUUGCCCUCCAAAUUUCUCUUCUUCUUUCUCCCACCAUUUCAUCAUCUCAGUAUUUUGUCGUUUAGCCUGUAGGCUACAGCCAUGGAUCGACCCAAGCAGCACACGCAGCGUCGCACGGUCAAAAACAAGCUUGUCAAAAAGCUCACCACCCGCUUCCGGGAGUCUACUGCCGGAGCCCCCCAAAUCGUAAGGAUUUCCGUCACCGACGACAACGCCACCGACUCCUCCAGCGACGAAGCCGAAGCCGAGCCGGGCCGGAAAUACCGGGUCCUCAUGAAGCGCGUCAUCAACGAGGUCAGAAUCGAAGACCCGUCUCCUUCUCAGGCGCUCGUCUCAAAACCAACUAAGCCUUCUAGGUGCAGAGCGGCGGAGGAGAGUAACGAGAUUUCGCCCAACGGGAAGAAAUACCGAGGCGUACGGCAGAGGCCGUGGGGGAAAUGGGCGGCGGAGAUCCGAGACCCAAAACGUGGGGUCCGGGUCUGGCUCGGAACUUUCGAGACGGCGGAGGAGGCCGGUAUGGCUUACGAUAAGGCUGCCAUUGCGUUUAAGGGACCUCUGGCUUUGACCAAUUUCCUCAAGCCUCCCGAAAUUGCCAUUCCGGACAUCUCGGAAGAGGACUGCAACCCAAUUUCUCAGUCUCCGCUCAACUCGCGGUGCGGCCACAGCGUCCGGUCGCCAACCUCUGUUCUCAGUGGCCGAGAACCCGAAAUCGACUGGAAAGUUUCGGAGCGACAAAAUUUCGGGGUUUUUGAUACGGAGUUUUGGUUGAAUGAUUGUUUUGAACCGCCGAUAUUUUUCGAGGAAACGAGAGUCGUACCCGAAACGCUUCUGAAAGAUGAGGAUUUCUCCGAUUUAUCGCUUGAUUUCCGGACGUGUAAUUGGGAUGACGUGGAGGAUUACUUUCAAGAUGCUUAUGAGUUGAAACGAUGAUUAUCAAAAGUGUGGUCUUUUGAUUUUGAAUAAAGAUUUUGAGUGCCAAAGAGUCGUUUGGAGUUGUGAUUUAGUAAUUAGUUUAUAUAAAUUAAUCCAAAUUAUUAUUAUUAUUA